AUGCUCACGUCGUGUACGCUCACGUCGUGUACGCUCGUGUACGCUCACGCCGUGUACGCUCACGCCGUGUACGCUCACGCCGUGUACGCUCACGUCGUGUACGCUCACGUCGUGUACGCUCACGUCGUGUACGCUCACGUCGUGUACGCUCGUGUACGCUCACGCCGUGUACGCUCACGCCGUGUACGCUCACGUCGUGUACGCUCACGCCGUGUACGCUCACGUCGUGUACGCUCACGUCGUGUACGCUCACGUCGUGUACGCUCACGUCGUGUACGCUCACGUCGUGUACGCUCACGCGUGUACGCUCACGUCGUGUACGCUCACGUCGUGUACGUGUACGCUCACGUCGUGUACGCUCACGUCGUGUACGCUCACGCCGUGUACGCUCACGUCGUGUACGCUCACGUCGUGUACGCUCACGUCGUGUACGCUCACGUCGUGUACGCUUACGUCGUGUACGCUCACGUCGUGUACGCUCACGCCGUGUACGCUCACGUCGUGUACGCUCACGUCGUGUACGCUCACGUCGUGCUCACGUACAAACUUCAUCAGUGA